CAUUAAUAUCAUUUGCACGAGAUCUUCGUUACAUAGCAUCUUUUGAUAAUGUAAAAGUGUCUGUGAUAGUACCUGGAAUAAUAGAAACGAACAUGGCGCGAAAAACUGAUCUACCUUCUAAUAUAUUUUAUGGGGCUGGUGAUUCUAACGAUUUGGCCAAAAUCGUUAGAAAUCAGUUGAAUUCUGACACCUUUUGUAUUGGCUGGCCUUUCCGCCAAUAUUUAUUGAAUUGGCUUGUUUCAAGUUUUCCUGUUAGAACGAAUUUGGCUUAUUCUUGGAUUAUGGGAAAAUCAGUUCAAAGAACCGUUGCAUCAUCGUAA